GAAAGUCAAUUUAUAUUCUAGGCGUAGACAUAAAAUUCUAAACGCAAACUAUGACGUCUGUAAACCGAUAGACGUACAAUAUCGACAUAAAUUAAACACAUCAUUAACAUAACCAACCCUUAUUUCACGAAAUAAUUUUAUUAUAAUAGAUAAUUUAAAACUGGCCGCGCUCCCCACCACCAAUUAAAUGAGGAAUGGGCGGGGCGAAUUAACGCAACACAAAAAGCUAGACGUCUCUGUCACACAAAUGAGCAGUCUAAGCGCAGUAAGCGGCUUACAAUGGGUGUUGACACUCUGGCAUCGCCGUCUCACUCUCGCCUGGCACUGGCACUCGCCCUUCAUAGUUAUAAAGGUAUAGUGGCACGGUAGAGUUCCACGUGAGCUUGUAUUUUGUAAUCAGUGAAGUGGCGCCUCUAUUCAGUGCGCGAUGUAUGCCCGUUCGACAGUUUGACGUUUCGUUUGGCGGGAAACUCGGGUGGCGUGUAACAGGCAAAAGAAACUAAAACGUACAGCCUUUGAACUGUUAGUGAUGUUGAUGGCGAUCAGUUGAAGAUUGUUUUAGUUAUUGCUUUGCAAUAACUUGGAUUUUUUUAGGGUGUAAUUUAAGGUCGUCACAAUAGAAGAAUACGGCGUGUACACGAUGCUGCCGGCGCAGCAGCUGGCGCCUAUCAGCCCAUGGCCGCCAGACGGCAACCUCCUCGACCGCAUGGACGACCUCGCGCACAAAGGUCACAGCGGUGUUAACCAGCUCGGCGGCGUGUUUGUAGGAGGGCGACCGCUGCCGGACUCCACGCGGCAGAAGAUCGUCGAGCUGGCACACUCCGGCGCGCGGCCCUGCGACAUCAGCCGCAUCCUGCAGGUCUCCAACGGAUGCGUCUCCAAGAUACUUGGCAGGUACUACGAGACAGGGUCAAUAAGGCCCCGGGCGAUCGGCGGGUCCAAGCCUCGAGUGGCGACGGCGGAGGUGGUCAGCAAGAUAGCCCAGUACAAGCGCGAGUGCCCUUCGAUCUUCGCGUGGGAGAUCAGAGAUCGUCUCCUCAGCGAGGGUGUUUGCACCUCCGACAACAUUCCCAGUGUGUCUUCAAUCAACCGUGUGCUGCGCAACCUCGCAGCGCAGAAGGAGAAGUCGAGCAACCAGCAGCCGCCUUCAGACUGCUCCACGCCGGUGUACGAGCGGCUGCGACUCCUCGGGACGCCUGGCUCCGCCCCCUCCUGGCCCCGAGCUCCGUGGCCCACGCAGAUCGACACACGGACCCCUCCGUAUCAGCUACACAGCCUUAGUCCGGGCCCGCAAGCCAUCGGCUGUAAUGGCGAUAUGUCUGUAAUGAAGAAAACCGACGAGCCUCUAGAGGGACUGGAAGGACUGCACUCAGACGAGACCGGGUCAGGCGACAACUCCAACGCGGGCUCCAGCGGCGCUGACGACGACGCCGCACGACUCCGGCUCAAACGCAAACUUCAGAGGAACCGCACCAGCUUCACCAACGAACAGAUUGACAGUCUUGAGAGAGAAUUCGAAAGGACACAUUACCCAGACGUGUUUGCUCGCGAACGACUCGCAGCUAAGAUAGGACUACCAGAGGCUAGAAUACAGGUGUGGUUCUCGAAUCGGCGCGCGAAGUGGCGGCGCGAGGAGAAGAUCCGCUCGCAGCGCCGCAGCCCCGAGUGCGGCUACGCGCCGCCCGCGCCGCACGCCGCGCACCCCGCGCACCCCGCACACCCCGCGCCCGCGCCGCUCGCCGCGCAGGCGCACGCCGCGCACCCCGCGCACUCCGCGCACCAGCCCUACCAGCCGCCGCUCAAUGUUGAUACUUAUAGCCCCCUGACACCAAUGGGAUACGGAGGUGGCAUGGUCACAGAGCCGCCGGUAUGCGAGGGCACGGAUUCAGAGCUGUGCAAAGGGGGAUUCUUGGGCUACCCUCGCUACGAACUAGGGUACAGACAACCAACACAUCCGUACGUCAACCACCAUGGAUACCAGCACGAACCAUCCUCUCCACCACCAGAACUUGGCGGUCUACUCGGCGCAGGCGUGUCCGUGCCCUUGGCAGUGCCAGGACAGGACUCUCAGCAGUAUUGGUCUCGCCUCCAGUGACCCUGGUGGAACUAGCCUCUCACGUUCAAUUUCAACCCGCUGUCUAUUACACUACAAAUUAAUAAUUUAUUCUCAACUGUCCAAAUAGUAGCAAAAAGUAUUAGUCGUCUGUUUGUAGACUUUAGAUUAUUUUAUAAAACUUGUAAGGACUGCGGCGUAAUGAAAUACGUAUAUUGUGCUGAUCAAUCUUAGUGUUAACGUUUUUUUAACCAUUAUUUUCGCCUAGAUUUUUUGGUGCUUAGAUGAUCAAGUGUCGAGAAAUAACUAUGACUGUAUCUUUACUUACGUUGUCAGCUAGUGAAACGUUGGAUUAAACAUUGGUAAUGAUACCAAUAGUACCAAAUAUUUUUGGGUAAUGUGGGUGUUGACCCCCCACGAUCGCACUCAAAUUCACACCUGGAGAACAAUGGGUAGCUCCAUUGUAAAUACGUAUAGUAUAAAGAAUCAACAUAUCCGUUAGUUGCCACAAAUCACGACUACGAGCACAAAAAUAGGCUCAAAUUGUAUUUAAAUAGUCUAGGAUAUUUCAUUAACAAAAAUCUUAGAUUUUUCUACCAAAAUAGCAAGAUGCAUAUAAUGUAUCAUCUCAACGGUGUAAUCUAAGUGUUAAAGCAUUCAUAAAAGUAGUUUUAAGACUGUAUAUUGUUGUAAAUGCCAAGAAAACUUUUUAAAUUAAUGCGAAUUCGUUGUUGUGUAAGUAAUUAGCUAUAAAAAUAAAUAAGUGCAUAAUGAUGAAAUGUAUGUUUGAGGUAGGACAUGCAUAAAAAUAAGAUCAAAUGCAAGUCAAAAGUGGUUUUCGUAAGAAUAUAUUUUGUCUUAUUGUAAAAUAUUCACAACCAAAAUUAGUCCCAUGUAGAUGGCAUCAGUGACAUAGCUGUUAUGAUUGAAGUAUUCACAUGAAUAUAAAACAAAUUUGUUUUCAUGACAACAUAAAGGCAAAAUUUAACAUAAAUCGAUAAUCUUAACUAUAGUGCAAUCGAUUUAUCUAAACGUAGAUAUAAUUGCGCAAAGUAUUCCAU